GAAAGCAGUUGCCUAACGGGGCAAAGGGUAAGAAUGAGGCAAAUAGGAUGCCGAGGCUGUCAUUACCUUGGUCUUGAAAGUAACAAUCGCCUCCCCACCCCACCCUUCCAACACAAUUGAAUUGAAUACAGAAUUUAGUCCAAAAGCCAAGCACUGAGAUCAAUGAAUCGAACACAGAAUUUAGAACAAAGGCCAAAUACUGAGAUCAAUGAAGUCAUUCAGUGCUGAAACGAAAUUGACAGUAAAAGGUUUGAAAGGUGCAAUAGGAGGAAAACCUCACAGUUGCACUAUGAAUCAAUUGUUAGGAGAGGGUGGAAAAUAAGAUGGAAGAAAGAGAAUAUGAAGGGAGGUACAGUAAAAGGAACGAAAGCGGUUGCAGCUAGGGCCCGAAGGCACGCUGCAGAGAACCGUAAGUAAUGCCUACAGUUCACCGCGUGAAGGUCACACACGGCACUAUCUCCCCCACCCCCGCCAAGGGGCCCUUCCACCCUAAUGCAUCCAGCCAUUCACUGUCAUCUGACUUUCGAGUCUGAUAAGGUCUAAGAAAUCAAGAUUUCACUGAACGCAUCUAGUAGCACACUCUUCUGCAUGAGUCUUAGAGCUACUUCAGCUUCUAGUUUUUGCAGGUUCCUUUUAUGAAUUUGGGCCGGUUAUCUCUGAUGUAUCUUCGGCUCGUUUGGACUGCUGAAGAGUAGAAAUGGGUAUCAAGGUGGGAGGAACUGGCUUCACGGGUAGCUCGGCUCAACAAAGGCUCCCCCAAUCCACUCCAUCUCAUGCCCUCAUUCUGUUUUGUGCCCGCCCUCUAGUUUUCAUCCUCGCGCCCUUAGUUCGACCCCGACCAUCAGUUACGACGGAUAUCCCUUUCCCACGUCUCAUCACUUGGAAUUGUUGAUGUGAAAUGUCUCGGUUGAAUCGAGUGUCAAUGCACCGAGCUGAGUUGGCAGCCGUUUAAUUCGUAUCCAAAGAAUAAGCCGAUAUCAAGUUGAGUUUUGAACAGCGCUUAGCCUACCAUUCCUCAGUGGACUCUAGAUCCGUUUGAAAUUACUUGCAAUAAGCUAAUAACUGAAAGUGGAAGCCGCUUUGAGAGGAAACACAAUCGUUAGAAUAUGCAACACUAGCUCCCAUGAAAGCGGAAUGAGCCCGAAUAAAAUAUGAAUAUUAGGCUACCUGUAGAGUGAGUGCCUCGCUACAAAAUUUUCCUAGAAAAGAGUCAGCGCGUAACUCUCUCUGCUUGUUAGUGCCAGAGGGGAGAGAGAGAGAACCGAGGACUCUGCAAACACGAGAGGAGACAGACAACAGCUCAGAACUCCAUUAUCCGCCGCGAUGGCCCGACUCGUCGGUAACUUGAUCGUCUCAGCGAUGUUAACUUGGAUGGGGGCAUCAGCUAUCAAAAUCCGCAUGGAAGAAAUUAUAAAUCUGAAGGAGAACGAUGGCACUCUGCGCCCACAGAACCAUGGUCCAACGAUGGUGAAUGUCUCCCUGGUGCUGCACUCCCUGGUCAUUGAUGAUAAGAGACAGGUACUCGAGCUCUCCGGAGAUCUACACCAAGAAUGGGAUAACCCAGGUCUCGAGUUCACGGUCAGCGCCGUUGCCUUACUGGGAAAUUCCAUUCCCCUGACUGGUAUAUCCGGAAGGCACGUACUCGAACAGCUGUGGCGCCCAGACCUCACGUCAGCCCAGGAGGUGCGACCCGGAUUCGGAAACCAUUACUCCGAUUUCGUCCGACUCUCCCGGGAAGGUCACGUGACUUGGACGCAAAGAGUUCACUACAGCUUCCCGUGUCCUCUUGACCUUAGCGGAUAUCCAAUGGGAAUCCACUCCUGCACUCUGAAGCUUCAUAGUCUUGGUUACCAGGCGGACGAAUUGCAGCCCUCAUGGUAUGGAGACGCUGCUGUGGACUACGGUGGUAUGACCAUCUCUCAUGGCUAUAAGCUGAGGAAUAUCCGGACAUCUGCCAAAACAGUCGUCACCGUGCACAGGACCAAGAGGCAACUCAGAGUUGAGAUGGAGAUCGAGACGGCGAGUGGAUGGGCACUCAAGCACACAGUCAUUCCUAUGACUGCCACGGUGACCACCGCCUACUUAGCCUUCUUCAUCAACAUCAGAGGAGUGGGAGCCCGUAUGAUCACCUGCAUGAUGUCAAUGGUCACAGCAGCUAUCUUCCACGAAAGUGCCUAUAGCAUAGUGCCUCCUGCUGCUUAUACAAUGGCGCUGGAAGUCUUCACUGGAACCUGCCUCACUUUCAUCUUCAUCGCAACUGUGGAGAGCGUCGUCGUGGAUGUUCUGUCUCACCUGCCCACCAAAGGCCGGCGUUCCACUCCUUCCCCUCAUACGUCUUUCGCACUGGAGCCCGACCUAACGGACGAGCGCCCUGGGACGCGAGGGCAGGUUGCAGCCCUCUGGUUGGACAGAUGUUUCCGUGUUCUGUACCCGGCGGCAUUCCUGGCGUUCAACGCGGUCUACUGGGUCCUCUACAAUUAAGAAAGCUGUCCAGUUAUGUCUUGUUGAUUCUCCAAUAGUUGUACCUUCCUGGGGCAUGCUUCUUUCUCCAGGGGAUGAAGCCAAAGAAAUAAUGGGUACUUGCGUUUUGUUCGUCAUGUAACCGUUAUACGCCCUUUCAGUAUUACUUGCAUUAUUAAUAUCACCGUUCACAACAGUUUUGUCUCUGAAACGUACCCCCCUGAGAGAGCAUUCAACAGAAAUAUAUUAUUUUUAUUAAUAUUAUUGGCUGAAAACAGUCAAAUUAAUCAAUGCAUAAGUUAAGAAAAAAAACAACGUCAUUUUACUCUGAAACAGCAUGGUUCCCGAUAUUAAACUGUAAUAAUUCUUUUUGCAACUAUCCAAGAGUUAAGCAUUCUACUUUCUUGAUAUUCCCAUAAACUUAAAAGAAACAAUUGCAGUUUAUAAUCAACCUCAAUAUGACUGUUUUCAGAUGCUUGUCUCUAAACUAUUGUUAAUAUAAGUUACUGUUAGUGUUCUCUAUUACUCUCUUGUAUCUAAUUAAAUGAAAAAAACUAAUUUUUUAGUUCUCAUCUGAAA